AUCAGGAAUUCAUAUGUUUAGAGCUUUGUUGCCCAGACUAGCUGUGGGAUCUUAUUUGUCUCCCGUCCGCUUUUCAUUUGAGGCGUUAUCGGUCUUUUUUUAAAAAAAGUCAAAAAAUAAUAUUGUUUUUUUUAAUUUAAAAACACUUGAGAUCUGCCCUGUGUGGGUGAGAAACUAAGUGAGUUUGUGGGCUGAGAGGGAAGCCAGUCAGACACUCGGGAAGCAGCAGUGUCCACAGGCUCUGAGAGACCGACUCUCUUGCUCUUACCAACAGCUCCCACCAUGGUCUUGUCCUGGCUGCUGAUCGCCACUCUUCCUCUCCUCCUCCAUCUCCUUCCAGGGGGCUCCUUCUCCUGUGUCCCAGGAUCCGGCAAUUCCUCCGGGAACCACACUGGACUCAUCUGCAGACUCACCAAAGCAGCAGCUCUAGUGCUCAAUCAGGAGACCACAGGCGUGAUCCAGGCAACCUACAGGCAAGCCACAUUCCCUAAUGUCACUGGGGAAAGCUCAAUCCCACUCCUUGGCUCCAUGAAGCACGUUUUUAAAAAUUUACAGGUAAACAACAUGUCCAUAGAGAAGAGCGACGUGGACCUGGGAGAGGAGCGAGGCAUCUCAAUUGAUAUCCAAAACGUGGCUGUGCUCUUCAAAGGAACCAUUUAUUACUCAUACACCAGUUGGCUGUUAAGUUUACAUCAAUCGGUGGAUUUUGAAAUUGAAUCUCAAGCUGAUCUUUACCUUUCUGUAAAUCUGGCCUGUGAUCGAGGGCGAGUGGCUGUAACCAUCUCCGAUUGUUUCCUGAACUUCGAUAAGUUAAUUUUACGUCUACAAAAAGAUGAGGAGACAAGCUGGAUUCAACAGCUCUUCACAGAUUUUGUCUCAUUUACUUUAAGACAUGUGAUUAAAAAACAGAUUUGCGCAGAAAUUCAUCAAAUGGCAAACCUAUUGGCAGACUUCAUUCUGGAUCAGGCGGCGGCGUUUAUACAGGAUGGGAAUGUUGCCAUCAGUACCGCACUUAUCUCCGACCCAGUGCUCACCGAUGGCUACAUAGAGUCUCGGCACACGGGUGACAUUUUCUACAAGAACUUGACAUAUUUUCAGCAAUCCAAUGCCAUCCCAGGGGAGCAGGUGGAGGAGAGAAUGUUUAACCUGUGGGUCUCAGAACAACUCAUCAAUUCUCUCUUCCUGGCUGCCUAUCUGGAGGGUCACCUGUCUCUGAGUCUCUCUGACCAGGAGCUGCUGAGAUUAUUGCAACAUGAAGAUCCUGUCGGCCAGCCAAACCUUUUGCAACAGAUAAUCCCUGACAUUCCUGCUCAUGAUCUAGUCUUGCACCUUUGGCCUCUUAGAGCACCUGUGAUUCUCUUCACGCCCCCAGGCACCAUCCUGCAGUCCUCGGUCGCAGUGGAGUUGAGGGUGAAACGCAGUGACAAAGACCCCUACGUUGUCCUGUACAUGGAAAUGGAUGUCAAAACUACAAUCGAAACGUCCUACAGUGAUCAGAAGGUGCGUCUGCGAGUCACUGACAACCUCUGGUCUCUCAAAGUGGUCAAGAGUGCUGUGGAAAUCGCUCUGGACAAGAAUAAAGCCCAGCGCUGUUUGGAGAAAUUUUUCUCAGGCGGCGGAUUGAAAAAAAUAAUCUCGUAUGUGGAGUUUUACUUGAUGGACUUGCUCAACAAAAAGGGACUGCAUCACUUUGAGAUUCUCAACCCUCUGAUCCAGACAGAAGAGGGAUAUGUGAUCAUUGCCACUGACUUUGCAUUCCCACGACACUUGCUGGAGACCUUCCUCAGAAGCUUGCCGUCACUCGUGCGGGCUUAGAUACAGAGCCUGUGACGGCGAUUAGGUGGGAAAUGGAGAAUAUGAAGCAAGCAUCUGAGCCUCUCCUGACAGCCCAAAGUGACAGGACCUCAACCUUUGUUUUUGUUUGUUUAAUUUGCGUGCCCAGACCACUGGGUGAUUGCUAGUUACUGCUUGUUGUUAUUGAAAGGCCAAUUCUUUCUUCACAACGAGUCACUGUCCUGCGCGCUACAUAAAUGCAAGUUGUUCUGGUUGUUCACUGUGCGAGUGGCCCGUAAAAUUCAAAAAAAAAUCGAUCGCCCACUCCAGGGCUGUUUGUGGGACACAGCUGCGCAUAGCUGGCUGCCGCGUUUCGCCCACAAAAUACACAGUCAAUCUACCUUGCAGUAAAUCCUACAUAGCGCUUUGCAAUGUCUCGACAACGUGAUAAGGUGCUGUAUAAAAUGCAAGGAUUAUUAUAAAUACCGUCAUUGCACUAUACAGCAAGAUUCCGCAAAGUUCUUUGGGAUGUUUUGAUGGCGUGAUAAAGCAUUAUAUCAAAUUGCAGGGAUCAUUGUUGUUAUUAUGUUCUUGAAAUCAAUACUCUGAUCACUUCAGUUCCAUGUGAUGCUAUCACAGCAAAAGUAGGAUCUCUGUGAAUAA